AUGAAAUUCUUCAAUUUACUCGCUUAUACUGCCCUUAUCGCAUUACUUUCUUCUCACAACGCUGAAGGUAUAUAUGUUUUUGUGCGUCGUCAAGGGAAAACCUGUUCUCUAAGUGCCGUAUUUU